GGUUUAGCUGGGAGGACGAAGCCAUCUUGUUUCAGAUCCGCUGUGGAACUAGGGGACAGGCCGAACCACAAGACUGGGGAUAGAGUCAAUAUUAAGAAUGGAGUUUGGUGUCUGAUGAUUACAUUAAUUACGUCAUUUGGUUGAGUGUUUCCAACGCUCUUACAGUAAUGAAUGUGAGUGGUUAGAUACUAUUUUUAGCGCCGCUAGGGUUGAAAGCCAACUCUGGUUCAAACCUUGGGUAUAAUUAUUUCUGAGUAGAGAGUUAUUAUGAAUGGAGGAUAAAUGUUGCCAAAGGCGGACAGCAGUAGUUUCGUCAUUCUCUCUCUCCUCUUCGUCCUCACUGUAACAGAUCCACCACGGACAGGUCCAUGGUUAGCUCUGGCAACAAGAUUAUCGUCAGAGCUCCGCUGCAGCCCUGGCCAGUUCGCCUGCCGGAGUGGGAAGAUGCAGUGUAUCCCCAUGGCCUGGCAGUGUGACGGCUGGACGGCCUGCGAGGACAAGAGUGACGAGGUGGACUGUCCCCCCAUAAAGGAGGAGAGAUUCCGUUUUGGAAACGGCUUCGACCAGGUGGAAGAUGUCAUUGGUGUGGCCCAGCCUGUACGCUUCAACAAGAAAUGCCCGAGUGGCUGGCACCACUAUGAGAAGACCGCAAGCUGCUACAAGGUCUACCUGAAGAAUGAGAACUACUGGCAGGCAGUGGACACCUGCCAUAAAGUCAACGGCUCGCUGGCUACCUUCGUCACCAACGAGGAACUUCAGUUCAUCCUCAAGAUCGAGGUGGACUUUGACGAGAAUGUGUGCGAACGAAGGGACCAGUGCAAGUUCUGGGUGGGCUAUCAGUACGUAAUCACCAAUCGGAACCAUUCUCUGGAGGGCAAAUGGGAAGUGGCAUAUAAAGGCUCCAUGCAAGUGUUCUUGCCUCCGGAGGGCCUGGCCAACUUCGAGGACGCGUCCCCCACUCAGGACAACGUGUUCUGUGCCCAGCUUCAGCGCUUCCAGAUCAAGAACAUGAACGAGCGGGGCUUGCAUAGCUGGCACGCUGAGAACUGCUACAAGAAGUUCCCCUUCCUCUGCAAAAGGAGGCAGACGUGCGUGGACAUCAAGGACAACGUGGUGAACGAGGGCUACUAUUUCACCCCUAAGGGGGAUGACCCCUGCCUCAGCUGCACGUGUCACGACGGUGAGCCGGAGAUGUGCGUGGCCGCGCUGUGCGAGAGGCCACAGGGCUGUCAGCACUUCCGCAAGGACCCCAAGGAGUGCUGCAAGUUCACCUGCCUGGACCCAGAUGGGAGCAGUCUGUUUGACUCCAUGGCCAGUGGGAUGCGUCUCAUAGUCAGCUGCAUCUCGUCCUUCCUCAUCCUCUCCCUCCUGCUCUUCAUGGUACACAGGCUGCGGCAGCGCCGCCGGGAACGCAUCGAGACGCUGAUCGGAGGGAACCUGCAUCAUUUCAACCUGGGCAGGAGAGUCCCAGGGUUUGACUACGGUCCUGAUGCCUUCGGCACAGGCCUGACCCCUCUGCACCUCUCAGACGAUGGGGAAGGAGGGGCCUUUCACUUCCAGGAGCCUCCCCCGCCCUACGCAGCCUACAAAUACCCCGACAUCCAACACCCGGACGACCCCCCACCCCCCUACGAAGCGUCCAUCAACCCAGAUCGUAUCCUCUAUGUGGACUUGGGCCGUACCGUGGUUCCCAUGGUGCCCGGCCAGAUGAACACCAUGGGGGAAGUCCUCCAAACAAACGUCCCCGUCCCCGAGGCGUCCCCGGCGCAGUCCUCCCAGGUGCGGGAGGACUCCAUCGACAGCAGCACCCUCUUGGUGGGUCCGGACACACCCACCGAUGGACACGCCCCUGACUGCAGGCCUGCAGACUGCAGCAGCCUCUCCUCCCUCAGCACUGUGGUAUAGGAGCGGGGGAGGGAGGGGCUGGACAGACGGAGAGGUGACAGACCGGCCCGCCAUGCAGCUGCAGGGCAGAACAGUCCUUUUAUCUAGGGGAGGGGUGGACGAGGGACUAGGAGGGGGUGGACGAGGGACUAGGAGGGGGUGGACGAGGGACUAGGAGGGGGUGGUUCGACUUUUGACUGCGGCUGGAGAUGGACCAGUCUACUGCUCUCGACAAACUGGUUCUCUGUCUUUUUUACGGCUGGACUGAAGGAGGCUUUGUUGUGUUUCCUGACACUCACCAGCUACAAGUGACCUGGAAGACUGGUUGUCUGAACCUGCAGGGUGGAGCAGACUGGUUGGAGGAUUGCUUCUGCACAGAGAACAUUUAACACUAUACCAGGUUGUGAAGCUAUGCUUCAUGUUCUAGUUUAAAUUGGACUCAGAGUUUGAUUCCUUGUUUGAGUUUUAGCCUAAUGUACAAGGUUCCCAGCUGUAAAUACUUCCUCAGGUCUGUGCCUGGUAAAUAGAGAUGAGGGAAGAAGGAUCCACACCAGCUUAUGUGACAUUUUGCUUUGCCGUCGUUAUAGGACAAACGUUUUUGGACGAGCAUCUUCUCUCUGACAGGGAAGGGAAAGACCAUGCAUUUUUCCUGUACCCCUUUUGAAAAGUUCCCUUUCCUCGCACUAAUGCUUUGUAGAGGUCUUCUGGGUUUAUUCACAAAACUUGGGUUGAAGAGGUUUUGCUACAAGGUUUGUUGACCUUGCAGAAGUCAUGAGGUACGCGGGGGGGGGGGGGGUGACACACCUCAACAGCUGGGUCGGUCAGGUGAGAGUGCUGUGCACACAAGACCAGCAAUAAUAAUAAUAAUACGUUUGUCAAUAGAGCAGGGGAAAGAAAAGUUAACAAACAUAAGUGACACAGAAACCAUCCCAAACACAGACCUCCACUUCACAGUUCAGUCUUUUUAUGACAUGCAACAUUGUACCCUGAUGUUGCGACAAAACAAAAAUAUGUGAAACCUGAGCUAUUGUGAGUUUUAAGGUCAAGUUGAUUUUUGUAUACUUUUAUUUAAUAGGGUAGGUUGUGAUGUUUGUUGUGGGAUUUGAGCGUAGUUUGAUUACACAAGAAGGAAAAUGGUAGCUGGCAACGCAAAUAUAGCUUCUAAUAAGAGUUAUUUUACUGUUAAUAUCCCAUCAUGGCAUUUACAUUUUCUAAUCAGUUUUUCUCUUGAUAAAUUGUAUUGAAUAUUGAUCGCCUGUUGAUUUAUUUGUGCAUAAGUCUAAGUAUGCAUUGUCUUGUAUCAACACAACUUUUUGUAUGGUGAAACAUUUUGCACAUCUCAUGUUUUAGAUGUGGCAUUAAUGAUUUUUUGUAUUUGAGAAUACCGAUUGAGUGACGGUAUUUUGAAAUACAACAUGUUUUUGAACUGAAAUGGAAAAUGAUAGUUCCACUGAAAUGUAAGUUCCAUGAUCCAUUGUAUGUUUUCUUUAUUUCCCAAAGGUUAUGAAACCUGGUUUAAGAUUGUACCUGCUUUCAUUUUUUAUAUUGUCUGGUAAAAAUGGCCUGGCAUUUGUCUGUU